GACCAAUGAGAAAUCAUCACUUUUUAGAACCGUUAUUUAUACAGUAGUACGGGUACACCCACGAACCUCGAGUGGCAUCCAGAAAACGGGCUACACCCUGUUGGCAUGGCACUUAUAGCGUGUCGUCCAGACGGUCCAGGGGAUGCGAUAAGAUAAGCGUCACGCCCAAGAGUUCAUGACGACCCGUUCUUGUCGACGAGACUUAGCAAUUCGUGGCCUCCAACACCAACUUUGACCUCAACAACUUUUUACAGUCCAUUGUUCACCACCCAGCAUUUUUUUCGAUUCCUCUUCUCGCGGCACAGCCUGAAAGAACCAGUAUUGAAUCGAACCUACGACAUAUCACAGCUAUUGGAUCUAGCCAGCUCUACUCCAGACAGCUGUCGCAAAUCACCACCACCGUCUACGUCGUGUCCCGUCGCUCGUCCACGAUCCGCUCUCGCUUGCCGCCCUCACAAUGGAACAACCAGGGCCCAUUACCGACAUUGCCAAGCCUGGCAUCAAAGCGCCCCGCGAUUUGGCCAUUUCGCUGCGAGAAGAAGUUGCUCGGAUUCUAGGGAGGAGUUCCAUUGGCUUUCCCGGAGCACAACCCGUCAGCUUUGCUCGCAAGCACCUGGAGGAACUACGAAGAGAGGAGUAAGCCAAGCUACUAUGUCUGCGAAAAAUCCGACGGCAUUCGCUACCUCCUCUACCUGACCGUCGACGAAGAAGGGCAGGAAGUCCAAUACCUGAUCGACCGCAAAAACGACUACUGGUUCCUCCCUCGCAACAGCAUGCACUUCCCCAUGCCAAACGACAUUCAAGCCUUUCAUCGCGGCACCAUCAUCGACGGCGAGCUGGUGAUGGACACAGUGCCCGGCACAAACGGUCGAAAAGAACCGCGCUUCCUCGUCUUCGACCUACUCGCGCUCGACGACAAAGCCGAACUUUUGAACAAACCUCUCGACAAGCGCCUCGGCUACUUCAGCGCCUACAUAUACGAACCCUACAAAAAGCUGCUUCAACAGUUCCCACAGGAAAUUCCCUUCAUGGCCUUCAAGGUGGAGAUGAAGCGCAUGGAGCUGUCGUACGGCAUCGAGACCAUGUUCCGCGAAGUAAUACCUGCCUUGAAACACGACAGCGACGGUCUCAUCUUUACGUGCCGCACCACCCCUUACCACUUCGGCACCGACCCGCACAUUCUCAAGUGGAAAGCGCCGCACGAGAACACGUUGGAUUUCCGCAUGCGCCUCAAUUUCCCCCUUGUACAAGCCACCGAGGCCGAACUUGACGAAGGGUUUCCCGAACAAUUUACAGAUUACGACUCGGUCCCACAAGCGGAACUGUACGUUUUCUGCGGCAACGACGGACCGGGCGGAAGCAAAUACGAACUCUUUCCGGACCCACUUUAUAUCGCGGAGGACGAGUGGGAGACGCUCAAGGCGCUGGGCGACCCGUUGCAGGAUCGCGUGGUGGAGUGCUGUCUGGAUGCCGAAAACCGGUGGCGGCUGUUCAGGUUUCGUGACGAUAAGAAUGAGGCGAACCAUACGAGUACCGUCUCCAGCGUCAUGGCGAGUAUAAGGGAUGGCGUGUCGGAUCAGGAACUUCUGAGCGCGGCGACGGCGAUAAAGGAGAGCUGGAAGAUACGCGCGCAGAAGAGGAAGGAGCAGCAGCAGCAGCAGCAGCCGAAGCACUGAUUGUGUGCCCAGCGCUGGCGGAGCAGGCCCGUGAGGUUUGAGCGGUGUUCUUUAGGGGCUAUUUGGAGGGCCGGUGACUUUCCUCUUCCCUUCUUGUUUCCUUGUUCUAUUUCAUCGGUGUUUAGUGGUCUGACUUGGAAACAGGUGCUGAUAUCUGCACCGACUAUACCUGGGCGUUUGGGGAAUGGUGGGCUUUUGUUUUGGGCGGUAGCUCUUAAUGCAUAUCUUUUUUUUGCCCUUUCCAGUUGUGAAAUGGCAUAGAGGGUGAUUAGUAUUACCCGUGCUGGGACCCCGCAGAGUUCUCUC